AAACGGUUCCAUGCAAUGGACGCCCGGUGGGUGGCUCUCUGCGAUCUCCCGCCCCGUGACGUCAUCAUGCAGCGCUCUAUAAAAGAGAAGCCAGCACGCCGCCAGACGGCCAAAGUGCUGAAACGUCGCUUCGUGCAGCGGACGGAUACAACGUUGGGCGCGCCCAUUCGUGUCGCCGCUGGGAAACAGCCUGCAGGUGGUGGCAUGGACAGUGUGGCGUCCUUUCUCAACUCCUGUUCGACGAAGCAGGGCGCCGACUACAACCUCCGACCUCGUCGACUGCAUGCUGGCACCAACGCGGGUCGGGUGGAGCGAAGAAAACCGGCAGCCAGGUCGGCGCCACUCUCAAAGUACCGCAGAAAGACAGCCAACGCAAGGGAGCGGUGUAGGAUGCAAGAGAUCAACCGGGCCUUCGAGCAACUGCGCGCCGCUGUGCCCACGCUGCCCGGCGCUGAGCUGGACGAAACGGGGAAAAUGACGAAGAUAACCACCUUGCGGCUAGCAGUCAACUACAUUGCAGCUCUCACUGAAGUCUUACGACAGGGAGAUGACAUCGAAGCGCUGGAAUCAAGCUUUGAUUUCGGCUCCAUGCCCCCAGACUUGGUUGGGAUGAUACUCGAAUCUGACGGUGAAAGUCUCCAAUUGAGUGAUGAACCUCUUCGGUGAAACUGAAUCGUGAAUCGCGAUAACCGGUGACAGUUUUUAUUUUUAUUUUGUGUGAUUGUGUAGAAUGAAUGAGGACGGCCGACAUUGUAGAGAUAUAUCUCAUGUACUGACAACAUUCCCAGCAAGGUGAGCGCCUUGAAAGAAACGAAGAAAAAGCCAACUUUGCUCUAGUCGGCAGCUCAACUUUAUAUUUAUAUACAUAUGUGCCAUGUUGCGUGCCAUCUCAUUGCCAUUUCGCGCUGGUCACGAACUUGGUGAGACACACAGGCAGCAAUAAAAUAUUUCAUACCCGA